AUGGCCGCAGGCGUGUCCCUCUUCAUCCUACCCAGCACAUGUCGGGGAACGAUCUUUACGGGCAUUCAGGACUACAUUAGCCAAGCUCAAGCCGCUCUAGAAGCGUUGGUAGACUUUGUUCAUGAGACCCCCGACGAAGUUCUGCUUGCUACCCCAGCGCUGCUAGAGGAACCGGACCUUCAAACCGUGCAAACUGUUCAAACUCUUCGGACAGCAGCGGACACCGACGGCAUUCAGGUAGCUCGUGACAGAGUAGCGAAGGCAGUGAACGGUCUCAACGCCCUCGACGCCAAAAUACAGGCGAAUCUAGGAUAUGCCAAGAUUGAACUUGCCUGGGGAAAGCUAUCCGCCGCCGAUCUUGAGAAAAUCUCAGAGCUUUUUCGAAAACUACUCCUAACCCUCUCUGGAAUAGCGGCUUUUCCUACUAUCCUAGAUCACUUUUUAGAGACCGACACAACCCUCUCUGGAGAGACGGUACGAGAGAGCAUGGAAUCCGUAGCACAGACUAGCACAGCUGAGCGCAAAACGGCGCACAUAGUGCAUGGCCUACGCGCGUCGCUAGAUGAGUUGUCACUUCUUGUGCGAGUCGGUCUAGGGUACUUCCUUUCUACGCUUGAGGUGGUCCAAACACCAUGGUUCCCCCCUUAUCACAGCCAGGACCAACCAUCUGAGCGCCAAAGCGUUGAACUGGUUGAUCUUGACGAGGCCCCUAUUUCUCUCGACCCCGGCAGUCCGACCUUUAUUGAGGACUUCACGCGCAGCCUCAAGGAUCUUUCACGUCGCAAGCAGGCUAUAAAGGAGCUUAUCGAGCAUUCCGAACAAGUGGAUGUGCCUGUUGAAGAGUCAUUGGGCAUUCAACAUGAGUACUGCCUUGCACUAUACAUAUUUUAUAUGGAGGACUUAGUGGCAGACGCCGUCUCCUCUAUCGUUGCGUUUGCCGAGAGCAAGGUUGACGAUGGUACAAUGUCUCGGUCGCGCCUCAUCUACCCAACUUUCUGGGAGUGGUAUAACCACGACUCGGAGACUCCCGAGGAGCCGUCUGUGUACUCAGACUUUUCCCAACCGCGAGAUUUCGAAGAGGGUGCUAAGGUUGCCGAUUCAUCGCAUCUCGUGCCCGUUAAUACGUGGGAACGCUGGGGCGGUGGCCUAAGCAAGAUCACCCGUUUCUUAGGCUCCGAUCUGAGCAUGUUUGGCCUGCGGGUGGCGGCGGCCUCUCUAUGUAUCGGCAUAGUCGCCUUUUUGCAAGACACACAAGAAUUCUUUAUCCGGCAAAGAGGCGUCUGGGCCAUGGUCGUGGUCGUGAUAGGAAUGAGCCCAACGAGUGGACAGACCUUGUUUGGAUUCUUUAGUCGAAUAUUAGCGACGCUUGCUGCCAUUGCCUUGAGCUUCGCGUCGUGGUACAUUGUUGUUGGACAUACCGCGGGUGUUCUUGUCUUUCUCUAUCUAUCCAACGUCAUCCUGUUUUACGUUUAUGUCAAGAUGCCCAAAUACUUUGGCACUGCGAUGAUCGCCAUCAUCACGUUAAACGUGGCCAUUGGCUACGAGGUGAAUGCCGAGAAACUAGGUCAUGAAAGGUCUGAAUCCAAUGGACAACCAUACUACCCCAUCUAUCUCUUCGGCCCUUACAAAUUUGUCGCAGUCGUCGUCGGCUGCGUCGUCUCCUUCUUCUGGGUCAUCUUCCCCUUUCCCAUUACGGCCAAGUCCAAGGUCCCCAAACUCAUGGGUCAGAAUCUGUUCAAUCUCGGACGUCUCUACAGCGCCAUGCAUACGACAAUCGAGCUGUGGAUCAAUAGCCACCGCACCGAAUCCCAGGAUGGCGGUAGCAGUAUUGCUGUGUACCCAAACGCCGAACUCGAAGCUAUCGCCAGCAAACUCUACAAGAAGCAGCUUCUCUCCCUCGACGCAUUAAAAAUGCACAGCCACUUCGCCACGUACGAGCCGCCCGUGGGAGGCAAGUUUCCCUCACGCAUCUACGAGAGCAUGAUCGGAGCCACCCAACAGAGCCUUAGCAUUGUGGCGCUAAUGGCACAUAUGGGCCGCACACUCUCAGCGGAGACGUCUCGCGAGAGCAUAUCCGAUGCAGUAUCAGCAGUCAAUGGAACAACGGACCAUGAUGAACGGACAACCACUGCCGCCGUUCUUGACGGUCUCUGA